GAUAUGGCUGAGCAGGAUGUGGAGAAUGAGUUGCUGGAUUAUGAAGACGAUGAAGAGCCUCAGGGAGUGACAGAUGCAACUCUUCCUCUUGCUAAAAAGGAUGUGAAGGGGUCUUAUGUCUCCAUUCAUAGUUCUGGCUUCCGAGAUUUCCUGAUGAAGCCAGAAUUACUUCGUGCCAUUGUGGAUUGUGGCUUUGAACAUCCAUCAGAAGUACAACAUGAAUGCAUUCCUCAGGCAAUUCUAGGCAUGGAUGUACUAUGUCAAGCCAAAUCGGGCAUGGGCAAAACUGCUGUUUUUGUAUUGGCUACUCUGCAGCAGAUUGAGCCACUGGAUGGGCAGGUCUCAGUGCUAGUGAUGUGUCAUACCCGGGAACUGGCAUUCCAGAUCAGUAAAGAAUAUGAACGCUUCUCAAAGUAUAUGACCAAUGUCAAGGUGUCAGUUUUCUUUGGGGGGCUUUCUAUCAAGAAAGAUGAAGAGGUACUUAGGAAAAACUGUCCGCAUAUUGUUGUGGGAACCCCAGGGCGUACUCUAGCAUUGGUACGCAACAAGGCACUCAACCUGCGCAAUGUGAAGCAUUUUGUGUUGGAUGAGUGUGACAAGAUGCUUGAGCAGCUAGACAUGCGCCGUGAUGUACAGGAAAUCUUUCGAUUGACUCCCCCUGAAAAGCAGUGCAUGAUGUUUAGUGCCACCUUGAGUAAGGAGAUCCGGCCUGUCUGCAGGAAGUUCAUGCAGGAUCCCAUGGAGGUAUUUGUAGAUGAUGAAACAAAGCUGACUCUACAUGGUCUGCAGCAAUACUAUGUAAAGCUGAAGGACACAGAGAAAAAUCGCAAACUUUUUGAUUUGCUGGAUGUACUGGAGUUCAAUCAGGUUGUGAUAUUUGUAAAGUCUGUGCAGCGCUGCAUGGCAUUAGCCCAACUUCUGGUUGAACAGAACUUCCCAGCUAUUGCUAUACACAGAGGCAUGUCUCAGGAAGAGAGGCUCUCUCGGUAUCAACAGUUCAAAGACUUCCAGCGUCGUAUCUUGGUGGCCACUAAUCUGUUUGGCCGUGGGAUGGACAUAGAGCGAGUCAACAUAGUUUUCAACUAUGAUAUGCCUGAGGAUUCUGACACCUAUUUACACAGGGUGGCCCGGGCUGGGCGUUUUGGUACGAAAGGCUUGGCGAUUACCUUUGUGUCAGAUGAAGUUGAUGCCAAAAUCCUCAAUGAAGUACAGGAUCGCUUUGAGGUCAAUGUGGCUGAACUCCCGGAAGAGAUAGACAUCUCCUCUUAUAUAGAACAAAGCCGGUAGCCUGAGUUCACGGAGCCACUUCUCUGAGCCCACAGUGGAACAAGAGGUUGAGUACAUCCCACAUUGUCUGCUGAACUCAGAGGGAUAUCUUCUUGAAAAGAUACACUAUGCAAUAUGUAGGGAUGUUGGUUCUUUACAAGAUGUGCCCAGAUGGUAUUUUUGCCUCAGCUCAACCCUGGGGGCUUUUUUUAAUUAGAUGUUUCUAUUUUCUGAAUAGUCAGCCCCUGGGGCUAUGUUUCAUAAAUAAAAAUUUA